UUUAAUGAUUAUUAAACUAAUAUAAUAUAAGUAAAGUACUUAGUAGAGUGUCUGUCCCCAGAAAAUGAUGAUUAUAUUAUAGGACACAUUUGUAUAUCUGAGAAAAUAGAUACUAGUUGCUCUAUUGGUUUACAUAGCCUUGAAGAGCCUAUGUGCCAUUUGUUUUCUCUACAAAUCUACACCUAACAGCUUUGAGUGCAUAAUCAACCUGUCAGAAUGUUAAAUCCUUUUGAAUCUCAAAUGAAUGCUACUCUUUAACACAAGUUCCAAAUGUGGAAAUUGCGUAUUUGCGACUGCUGCUAAAAUUAAGAAAUAACCCCUUAAGGUUCUAGAUUCUAGCACUGCUGCAAACUAGGCAGAAGUUUCUCCUCCGCUGAUUUUGUAUUCCAGGCGGCUUCCUACUCACUCGCGAAGAGGACCUGCGGCAACUCCAACACCCUCCGACCUCCCUCUCCACUGACCUCUGUUUUUUUGGCAGUAACCCCGCCCCUCAAGAAUGACCAAUCCGAGAGGGGAAAACAAGCGGAUAGGGCGGUCCCAGGUUUGCGCUGAGGACGAAUCAUCUCCCUCAGACACCAAAGACGGAAGCGGAAGUGAACCUACAGUCCAUCUUUGGCCUUGCUGCCGCAGUAGGGCUUGUCCCGUGCGAGGUAGUGAGGAAAUCCCAGAGCCUUAUCUAUUCUGCAGAGUAGACGAAGAGUCGCCUGCGCGUGUAGAAGGCAGGAAGCUCGGUCCCCAAAGAAAAAAGAGAGCAAGCAGGGAGCUGCGGGGCAGAACCAAACUGUUCAGGGUCGCUUGAGGCCGGGCUCGGUCCGCGCCAGUCUCCCCUAGGCCAUGGUGCAAGAGGAUCUCUGAGGGAUCCCCAGGUGAGAAUAGCGGCCCUGCCCCGGCAUUCCCCAGCUGUAGGAUCUGAUAGAUGUAGGUUGAGAAAGAAAGGAUGCUGCCCGGUAGCACCCUGAGCGGCCGCAGUUACAGCCGCAGAAAGUACAGCUUCGGCCAAGAAGGCAACUCGAAUUGUUGGUAAAGACCCUCACCAGCUCUUUCUCCGUAGUAUGCGAGCUCAUAAAACCAGAGGACAGGGCUCCCCAUUACAGUCUUCUCCGAGCUCUUUUUCCUUGGUACUAGGACCUGAUUUGUGAGGAAACAUGCCCUGCACGUGUACCUGGAGGAACUGGAGACAGUGGAUUCGACCCUUAGCUGUGGUCAUCUACCUGGUGGCCAUAGUCAUUGCUGUUCCCUUGUGCGUGUGGGAAUUACAGAAACUGGAGGUUGGAAUACACACCAAGGCUUGGUUUAUUGCAGGAAUCUUUCUGCUGUUGACUAUACCUAUAUCACUGUGGGGGAUCCUACAACACCUCGUGCAUUACACACAACCUGAACUGCAAAAACCAAUCAUAAGGGUUCUUUGGAUGGUACCCAUAUACAGUUUAGAUAGUUGGGUAGCUUUGAAAUAUCCCAGGAUUGCAAUAUAUGUGGAUACCUGCAGAGAAUGCUAUGAAGCUUAUGUCAUUUACAACUUUAUGAUAUUCCUUACCAAUUAUCUAACUAAUCGAUAUCCAAAUCUGGUAUUAAUCCUUGAAGCCAAAGACCCACAGAAACAUUUCCCUCCUUUAUGUUGCUGUCCACCAUGGGCUAUGGGAGAAGUGUUGCUAUUUCGGUGCAAACUGGGUGUACUACAGUACACAGUUGUCAGACCAGUCACCACUAUUGUUGCUUUAAUCUGUGAGCUGCUCGGUAUAUAUGAUGAAGGAAAUUUUAGCUUUUCAAAUGCUUGGACUUACUUGGUUAUAAUAAAUAAUAUGUCACAAUUGUUCGCCAUGUAUUGCCUUCUGUUAUUUUACAAAGUACUAAAGGAAGAACUGAGUCCAAUCCACCCUGUUGGCAAAUUUCUCUGUGUAAAAUUGGUGGUUUUUGUUUCUUUUUGGCAAGCAGCGGUCAUUGCUUUGCUGGUAAAAGUUGGCGUUAUUUCUGAGAAGCACACAUGGGAAUGGCAAACUGUAGAGGAGGUGGCUACAGGACUCCAGGACUUUAUUAUCUGUAUUGAGAUGUUCCUGGCUGCAGUUGCUCAUCAUUACACAUUUUCAUACAAACCAUAUGUUCAAGAAGCAGAAGAGGGCUCAUGCUUUGAUUCCUUUCUUGCCAUGUGGGAUAUUUCAGAUAUCGCAGAUGAUAUUUCUGAACAAGUAAGGAAUGUUGGACGGACGGUCAGGGGACAUGCUAGGAAGAAAUUUUUUCCUGAGGACCAAGAUCAAAAUGAACAUACAAGCUUAUUAUCUUCAUCAUCACAAGAUGCAAUUUCCAUUGCCUCUUCUAUGCCACCUUCACCCAUGGGUCACUACCAAGGGUUUGGACACACAGUGACUCCUCAGACUACACAUACAAUGGCUAAUAUACCCGAUGAACUACUUAAUGACACUACAGAAGAGAAAAAACAGCCUUCAGAUAAAUCUGUGGACUCCUGAAUAAUGUGCAAAAGCAAACCAAGCUACAUCCGUGUUAUUUCAUCACCUGGAAUCCCAUGGAUUGGGAUUUUUGUGCUUGGGACAAGCCAUAAUGAUGGAGAAUUUCAAAACAAAGACAAAAAGCCAGGUACAACUACUGUAUGUAUGUAUGUAUAUAUAUGUUUUGUAUAUCAUAAUAUAAAUAAUUGGUCCACAUUCCCUAGACUUAAGACUUGAUUCCUAAACUUUAGAGUUGCAUACUGAGAUGGUAGAAAAUGACUGCAACUAAAAUGCUUCAGAUACUACAUUGCUUUAUCAGGAGGAUGGACAUAAAAAAAGGCUUCCUACCACUGCUGCAUGAAUAUAAUCCUCUGGACAGAAAGCAUAAUACAGAAAUAAGACAUAGUGGAACUUAAUCAUGUGCCAUAUAACCUUACCUAACAAUUCUCUAUUUCUCAACUGGAUGCCUUUCAAUAAAUAAGAAUUUAUCAUUUAUUUUCUGCAA